GAAAGUAUGCUAAAUUUUGGUAAAAUGUACCAACAAUAAUCACAUUUUAAAGUAUACACUUUUUGAUAUAAUUACCGGGAAGCCCAUUUGAAUUACAUUACAUUUAGUCCAUCCAUUUCAUAGUAGCCUAGUCUUCAAAUCUAGGUACUGUCUUAUGAUUCAUGCAUCUUGGCUAGAUUUGUCCUAAAAUAUAUGAGAACCAUAUGAUCUCCCAUCAUUGCAGUUCUAAACUUCAUUCUGUAGAUUAUGAGAUUCUUCAUGCGACUGGCACACUUCCCAAGAGUGAUGGCUUCUGGAGAAGACCGAACAUGUUCAAAAAGCAACAACAGGAUGUUUUUGAAGAGAGAUACCUGCGAUUCAUCUCUAUUCUGGGAAAGGGUAACUUCGGCAGUGUUGAGCUUUGUCGUUAUGAUCCGUGGGGGGAUAACACUGGAGAUCUGGUAGCUGUCAAGGAACUUCAGUCAAACAAACAGGCCACCGUGGCAGAUUUCCAGAGAGAGAUCCAGACCAUCAGCUCGCUGCACUGUGACUAUAUUGUCAAAUACAAGGGCAUCUGCUACAGCACUGGCCGACUCAGCACAAAACUGGUGAUGGAAUAUCUUCCAUACGGCAGUCUGAUUGGAUAUAUGGAGAAGCACAGACAGAACGUCUGCACCCGAAGACUAUUGCUCUUUGCCUCACAGAUCUGUAAGGGUAUGGAGUACUUGCAAAGCAUGCGUUAUGUUCACCGUGAUCUAGCUGCUCGCAAUAUCCUAGUCGCCAGCGACACUCUGGUGAAAAUAGCUGAUUUUGGGCUGAUGAAGAUCAUUCCAGUGGAUAAAGAGUACUACCGUGUUACACAGCCAGGAGAAAGCCCUGUUUUCUGGUAUGCACCUGAAUCCAUUUCAGAACUAAAAUUCUCCCACAAGUCAGACGUAUGGAGUUUUGGAAUUGUUCUGCACGAGCUGUUCUCUUACUGCGACAUCAGUCGAAACCCCAAAAGAUUGUGUAUCCAGAAGAUAGGAAGUUAUGUCCAGAGUCCGUCCAUGGCUAUCCAUCUUGUUAAUCUUCUCAAGGAUAACUGGAGGUUACCGGCUCCAUCUCAGUGUCCACCAAAGGUGCACAGUAUUAUGAUGCAGUGUUGGGAGUUCAACAGCGAGGACAGACCAAGCUUCUCCUCUCUACAGGACCUGAUUGAGAAUAGUCUGUUAGAUGAAAGAGAGGGCUAUAAGGGGUAAAUUCAGAGUUAGCCUAAACAGAUCACUGUAUUUUCAACAUAUAUGUAUAUUUGAUAUAUAUUUGAGUAUUUUAGGACAUAUUGCAGUAGCUUUUUCAGUGUUGUGCUUCCUUUUAAAACAUAACUGUAGAUCAGCUUGUAUAUUUGCCCAAACAUUUACAUAGCUAGCACUACCUGUUUAACCAUAUUCCUUAUUAAAAUGCAUAGGCCCUCAUCUGUUUGACUUGCAAAUGACUAGUGCAUCACCUUUGGUCUUUUUUUUUGCGUCAUGCAAUGCAGUUGAUUAAGACGUUCAGUUGUUUCUGUAUAUAUUUUUUAAUGACAUAUGAGCAACCGAAACUGGGCUAAUCUUGCACCACUCAGCAAAUGAACAUCAGGUUUGUUUGGAUCUGUUGUCUUAGAGUUUACCAUUGUUGUUAGACACAGUUCCAUAAAACAAUAUUAUUUU